CCCUCCCGCUGCCUCCGUCUCUUUCUCUCUCCCUCGGACACACACACCUCCCAACCAGCUCCUCCGAGUGUCUAAUACAGUGGAAAAUCAAAGUGCGAGUCUUCGCAGCUCAGACGCCGCGAGUGAAGCGUAUGCCGAGAGACAGGUGAUCACACCUCCCGAGUCGGUCCAGAUGGGGCUCAUCUGAAGUUCCCCCGAAUUUUUCUACACUUUUUCCGGUCUUUUUUGUUAAAUCUUGAACAUUUAAAAAUGUCAGAUUAAGGUGCUUUACGCGCGGCGCAGGGAUGGAUCAGAGACUCCACAGAGGCAGCUGGGUGCCAGUGACUAGACUGGUGAUAUGCUUGCUUCUGUGUGCGUGUGUGGUGGACUUGGUUCUUGCGCAAAUUCGAUACUCCAUCCCCGAAGAGUUGGAGCACGGCGCUUUUGUGGGCAACAUCGCUGAAGAUUUGGGCUUGGAUGUCGCUAAACUGUCAGCUCGUCGCUUCAGAAUUGUCUCAGGAGCCAAAAAGCAGUACUUAGAGGUCAACCUGGAGAACGGGAUUCUUUUUGUAAACGAGAAAAUAGACCGAGAGGAGCUGUGCGAGCGAAGCCCGAGCUGUUUUCUGCAUUUACAAGUUGUUAUUGAGAAUCCUCUAGAACUGUACAGAGUGGAGGUGGAGAUUCUGGACGUCAAUGACAAUUCACCCAGUUUUCCUUGGAGUGAGUUUAACAUCGACAUCACCGAGUCGGCUGCGCCCGGAUCCCGCUUCCCCAUCGAGAGCGCACAGGACCAGGACGUGAGCAGCAACUCUCUGCGCUCCUACCAGCUGAGCGCAAACGAGCACUUCAUCCUCAACGUCCAGACGCGCAACGAUGGAAGCAAGUUCGCGGAGUUGGUUUUGGACACACCGCUGGACAGAGAGCAGCAGAAAAAACACGAGAUGAUUCUAACAGCCUUCGACGGUGGGUCCCCGGAACACUCUGGAACGGCGGUGAUAACUAUCACAGUGCUGGACGCCAACGACAACGUUCCCGUGUUCGACCGCUCCGUCUACCGGGCGAGUCUGGUCGAGAACGCGCCGAGAGGGACGCUGGUGCUGAAGCUUAACGCCACGGACCUGGACGAAGGCUCCAAUGGAGAGGUGACUUACGCGUUCAGCGGACACGCGCCGCUGAAAGUGCGCGAAUUGUUCGGCGUGGAUCCGUACACGGGUGAAAUACGCGUAAAAGGAGUCGUGGAUUAUGAAAAGGCGAGCGUAUAUGAGCUCUACGUGCAGGCGAAAGACAGGGGACCCUCGGCGGUGGCGGUGCACAGCAAAGUGCUGGUGGACAUCCUGGAUGUCAAUGACAACGCACCUGAAGUCAUCCUCACUUCGGUGUCCACACCUGUCCAGGAGGACGCGGCGCCGGGCACCGUGAUAGCCGUUAUAAGCGUAAUGGAUCGGGACUCGGGAGAGAACGGGAUGGUUGACUGUCAAAUCCCGAGCAACGUUCCGUUUCAGCUGCACACGUCUUUCAAAAACUACUACACUUUAGUGACAAGUGAACACUUGGACCGGGAAUCUGUGUCCGAGUACAACAUCACACUUUCGGCUAAAGAUCUGGGCUCCCCGUCCUUGUCCACCCGAAAAACCAUCCUGGUCCAAGUGUCCGACAUCAACGACAACCCCCCGCGGUUCUCCCAGCCUUCAUACACGGUCUAUGUGACAGAGAAUAACGCCCCAGGCGCUUCAAUCUGCACUGUAACAGCGUUCGACCCCGAUUCUAACCAGAACGCAUAUUUGUCAUAUUCUAUUCUGGAGGGUCAGAUCCAGGGCAUGCCAGUGUCCACUUAUGUCUCCAUCAACUCCGACAAUGGCAACAUUUACGCACUGCGCUCCUUCGAUUACGAGCAACUUCGGAACUUUCCGAUCGUGGUCCAAGCGCAGGACGCGGGUUUCCCCCCUCUGGCCAGCAAUGUCACGGUCAACGUCUUUGUUUUGGACCAAAACGACAACGCGCCUAUUAUUGUUUCCCCGCUGCCCAAAAACGGCACCGUGGCCACAGAGGUCGUGCCCCGGUCAGUGGACGCGGGCUACCUGGUCACCAAAAUCACAGCACUGGACGCAGACGCGGGGCAGAACUCGCGUCUGUCAUACCAGGUGCUGCAAGCCACGGACCCGGGGCUGCUCAGCGUGGCUCUGUACACCGGGGAGAUCCGAACGAUCCGCCGGCUGGUGGACAAAGACGCCACAAGACAAAGACUGGUGAUACUAGUGAAAGAUAACGGGCAGCCGCCGCUCUCCGCCACAGUCUCCAUCAUCCUCACAGUGGUGGACUCAGUCCCCGAGUCCUUGUCAGACUUGGAAGACCCCUCCCUCAACCUACAGACCCCCUCCAACCUCGCGCUGUAUCUGAUCGUGUCACUGAGCACGAUAUCUUUAAUUUUUCUGGUGGCUAUCAUCGUGCUGGCGGCGAUCAAGUGCUACAAGGACAGAGAGACCAUCAGUGGGUACAACCUCCCCCCCUUCGCCUGCUGCUGCUGCGGGGGGUUUCAGCCCGAGCCGCCCCCGGAGGUCUUCAAGAAAUCCAACAUUAACCUGCAGAUCUCCUCCGCCGCUAAAGUGCCCACCAACUGCAUGGAGACGAACGCAAACGGCAGCAGCCUGUCUCAGUCGUACUGUUAUAAAGUGUGCCUGACCCCCGAGUCAGCCAAAAGUGACUUUAUGUUCCUGAAGCCGUGCAGUCCCGGCACCAUGCCGCGGAACAACGAGGCGAUGAGCACGGAGAACUCCUGGAACGCGCAGCAAAGUGGAUCAGUGAAUAACGGAGCAACGACGCCGAACGAGUUGAAACAGCCGAAUACAGAGUGGUCCCUGACCAAGAACCAGAAUUCCUCAAUUAAAAGCUACAACUCCAUCAACAUGGAUGGAACUCUCAUGCGGAAAGCGAUCCACGCUGACCCAGACAACUAUGUCACGUCAAUGACCCCUGGACAGUACUGGACCUGGGGCACACGCAUGAAAGGGAUGAAAGACUACAAGAUGUCCCCAACGGCAAGUGGACUUUCGUCUAGACCCUGGACUCCACGCUGCACACCCCCUCCGCAACAGCAACAGCCUUCAAUCCCUCCUCAUCCUCACCCACACCCGCCGCCUGACUACCACCAUAACAUGUACAUUCCUGGGACACCGUCAGGCUUCUGUACGCUGAGGCCUGCGGUCCAGCGGAGCGAGCUGGACGUCUACAACUCCUUCUCCACCUUUGGCAAAAAGCGACGCCUUCAGAUGUCGCCCCAGGGGGAGGCUGCCAUUAUUAAUAAUGAUCUGUACAAUGACUGACCCUUCAGUUGGACAAUAUACGUGAUGAUGGACGUUCAUUGUAAAAGAAUCAUGGACGGCCCGUUGGUCACACCAGCGGUGAUAAGAUCACAGCGGUGUGAAAACUUGACUUUUAAAGUUGCGGUGUGAAAUCUUGUGACAUUUAAUGUAAUAAAUGAGUCCAUUCUUGUUCCUUUCAUUAUCCAAGUUCUACCUACAUGGGCUGAAAGCUUCUGUGCUGCAACUAUUUAAUCACAUCUCAGAACUUCCAUUUAAUGGAACAAACAGACAUUCCCUUCCCACAAUCAAAAACAUGUAUUCUAGACACGAUAAUGUGUCGACAGAUGACCAGACCAAAAGUUAAACAGACCAACUAAAAUUUUUAUUUUUUUUUUAUUAAUUAGGUUUUUCUGUUAAUUUCCAGACAAUCAAAAAAGGCACAUACAUUUACAUUUAAAAAACUUGGAUUCAUAUUUUUUACGUUUGCCUUUUUUCUUUUCUAAAUAAAUGUCUUAAUAACCGAACAGAGCUCAUGUGAAUAUGUCAUCAUCAUCAUCAUCAUCAUGUAUAUGCAAGACACACAGGCAGCAAACUGUCAAAUGGGUUAUAUGUGUACUGUAUUCGUUUAGAGAAAUAAAUAUUUUUUCAU